AUGGAUUCCCAGAACCAAACACAAGGCACAGAAUUUAUCUUCCUGGCAUUUUCCAGACUCCUAAACCACCAGAUCCACCUUUCCUUGGUGCUCCUUAUUGCCUAUUUGGUCACUCUGAUGGGCAACUUCAUGAUCCUAACCCUGGUUCUCCUGGAUUCCCACCUUCAUACCCCUAUGUACUUCUUCCUCAGUCAGCUAUCCUGCUUGGAUAUCUGCCUUUCUUCUGUGGUUGUACCAAAGAUCCUGGUGAACUUCCUACGCCAGCAACACACCAUCUCCUACAACCAAUGCCUGGCACAAGCAUUCUUCCUCAUUGGCUUUGCGGGAUGUGAGCCGGCACUGCUGGCUGUCAUGGCCUAUGACCGCUAUGCGGCCAUCUGCCAGCCUUUGCACUAUGCCCACCUGAUGAGGACCAAGGUGUGCAUCCAGCUGUCUGUGGCCGUUUGGGUCUGGGGCUUCUUGGACUCAGCCAUCCAUGCUGCCCUGGCCACCAGGUUGGAUUUUUGUGAAAACCGCCAGCUUCCUCACAUAUUUUGUGAUGUUCCCCCAUUACUGAAAAUUGCCUGCAGUGAUACCUGGGUCAACGAAGUGGCCAAUCACAUCACCAGCAUCUUUGUGGGCCUCAUCCCUGUCUUCUUCAUCAUCCUGUCCUAUUUCUAUAUUUUGUCCUCCAUUCUGCAGAUUCGCUCCAACACUGGCAGGCACAAAGCCUUCUCCACUUGUGCAUCACACAUCGCUGUUGUGGUUGUCUGUCUUGGAAAUGCAUUUGUAAACUACAAUCAACCCACUGCUGGCUACUCUCUAGAGACUGACACCCUGAUCUCCACAAUGUUUUGCAUCAUCAACCCCAUGCUGAACCCCUUGAUCUACAGCCUCCGCAACAAGGAGGUGAAGGGGGCCCUGUGGAAGGUUGUACAGCAACUUCACCAGGGAUGGGAGCUGGCCUGUCCCGGGUGA